GUCAGUUUAUGUGUGUGUGUAUGUGUAUGUGUAUCUUACAGUGGGUUGGAUACACAAAUCGUGAUGUCUUUAACAAACCUGUUACCUGCCCCGACCCAAGUGGUGUGGGACAGGGAGGACGAGGCGCGCGAGCAGAAGCUGCGCCAGAGGCCCGUCUCGGCGCUGGUCAAAGCCGUUGUCACUGCACCGCCGUAUGGGCAACGGCGAGGAUGGGUGCCACGCAAUCCAGAGGACUUUGGAGAUGGAGGAGCCUUCCCCGAGAUUCACGUCGCGCAGUACCCACUUGGAAUGGGGAUGAAGGGCAAGGAGUCGACGAGCAACGCCUUGGCGGUGCAGCUCGACGCUCAGGGGAAAGUGAAGUACGACCUUAUAGCGAGGCAGGGCCACGGCAAGGAUAAAAUUGUCUACAGCAAAUUGAGCGAUUUACUACCGUCGGAGAUUACAAACGAGGAAGAUCCCACCUUGCGGCGGCCCAUCGACGUCGAAAUUGACGAGCUCACGGAUAAGACGAAGAAGGCGUUGGAAAAGAUAACGAGAUCGAAGAUCGCGGCGGCCAUGCCUGUGAGGUGCGCCGAGAAACAGGCCCCGGCUCAGUACAUACGUUACACGCCGUCGCAGCAGGGUCAGUCGUUCAACUCGGGCGCGAAGCAGAGGGUUAUCAGAAUGGUGGAGGCACAAGUGGAUCCUCUGGAACCGCCGAAAUUCAAGAUUAACAAAAAGAUCCCGCGGGGACCUCCGUCUCCGCCCGCGCCCGUCAUGCAUUCCCCCACGAGAAAGGUGACGGUGAAGGAGCAAAAGGAAUGGAAAAUUCCACCGUGCAUAAGCAACUGGAAAAACGCGAAGGGUUACACAAUCCCGUUAGACAAACGUCUCGCCGCUGACGGUCGGGGCUUGCAACAGGUUCACAUCAACGAGAACUUCGCCAAGCUAGCGGAAGCUCUUUACAUCGCUGACAGAAAGGCCCGUCAGGCUGUCGAAAUGCGCGCGCAAUUGGAAAAGAAAUUGGCGCAGAAGGAGAAGGAGAAGAAGGAGGAUCACUUGAGGCAACUCGCGCAAAAGGCCCGAGAAGAGCGCGCCGGCUUGAAAUCUGCCGCGACGUUAGAUAAGUCCGAAGAGUCGCGCGAGAGGGACCAGCUCAGGCAGGAGCGGCACAAGGAUCGCGCUCGCGAACGUAAUCUGGCUCGCGCCGCGCCUGACAAACGCUCCCGCUUGCAACGCGAACGCGAGCGCGACAUUAGCGAGCAAAUCGCCCUCGGCUUACCCGCAAAGAGCAUUCCCAGCACGGGAGAGGCGCAGUUCGAUCAGCGUCUCUUUAAUACCAGCAAGGGAAUGGACAGCGGUUACGGGCACGAUGACGAGUACAACGUCUACGAUAAACCGUGGAAGGAUGGCAAUUCUAUUGCCUCGCACAUUUAUCGUCCUAGCAAGAAUAUUGACAAGGAUACGUAUGGAGACGAUUUGGAGAAAUUAGUUAAAACAAACAGAUUCGUUCCUGACAAGGAAUUCAGUGGAGUCGACAGGUCAGUCGCGCGAUCGGGACCAGUGCAGUUUGAGAAAGACGAGGAAGAUCCCUUCGGUCUGGAUCAGUUCUUGAAACAGGCUAAGCGCGCCAGUAGCUCAACCACGACAACAACAAAGCGCAAAGAUGAACGCGAACAGCGUAGGGACGAUCGUGAAAAACGUAGGAAGCAUUAAGUGUGCUUAAUUCUUUCGCGCGAGGUAUUCUUAACAAGUUUAUUCCACGUUAUGGGGAAAAGUAAAUGAUUAAAAACAUAGGACAU